GACGCCAUUUUCUAUUUUCGUAAGGUAAUCGAGGAAGUGCUUGUCACUUUAUGGUGCUUGUGUUUUAAAAAAAUAGCUUUAAAGAGUCUUGCUGCAUUCUAGAAUUUGUUACAUAUCGCAAUGUCUGAAAACGAGAACAAGAAAUUGGCGGACUUAAGAGUAAUAGAUUUAAAGUCAGAGUUGGAAAAAAGAGGCCUGGACAAAAAUGGCGUAAAACAGGUUAUACUUCAAAGAUUGAAAGAGGCAUUGGAAAAAGAAGGACAUGAUCCUGAAACUUACAUAUUUGAGUCAACGGACAACAAAAAGAGAAAUUCAGUUCAGGAUGCUGAAUCUGAAGAAAAAUUAGAUGAGUCUAUUGAUGAUAAAACAAAACCUACGGAAGAAAAUACAAAAACCUUGAAUGGAAAAGAAAAUGGGCAAAUUAAAAAUAACGAUGCUGAAUUGAAAGAUACAGAAAAUGUUUCUCAAAAAGAUGACACUAAGACAAAUGACGUAGAGCCUGAAUCUAAGGAAAACAAGGAAUCCGAAGAAAACAUUGACAAACCUAAAGUUCCGCCUCCGCCAGUUUUGACAGAAGAAGAUGAUGGGCAUGAAUCUCCUAUUAGGCUUACUUUAGAUGAUGAUGAGACAUUACAUGAUGUCGAGAGCGAGUCUACUGAAAAAGCUCGAGAUGAAGAUACAACAAAUGAUAAAAGUAAGAAGGAAGAUCGAGCGAGUUCGAAGGAUGAAGGUUCUCGUCGGGAAGAGGAGAGAGCAGAAGAUGAUUCUAGGAGAGAGUCUGGAGAAAAUCUUCAGAAGAAAGUCAGCGGCAAAUCGAACCCCAACGUGGUUUGGAUCUCGAACGUGGCUAAAACGACGCGCGCCAGCGAACUCAAGUCCGCCUUGUCGGCUUGCGGCAAAGUGGUCGGCGCCAAGGUGGUAGUGAACGCGCGCUAUCCGGGCUCCAACUGUUUCGGAUACGUCACUAUGGGAUCUGUGGAGGACGUGGAGAACGUUAUCAGCAAACUCAACAACACCGAGUUAAAUGGGCAGAUGAUAAAAAUUGAAAAGUUUGACCAGGUACGCGCCGAUCAAAUGAGGCAAAUGAAGGACGCCAAGUCUUCAAGUUCCAAAUCUAAAUCGGACGCAGAGAAGAAGGACGGUAAAAACAGUGGCAGUGCAGAGAAGGAAGAUGGUGCGAAGAAAGGGGAAGAAAAGGACGACGAUAAACACAGUAAAGACGGGAAAGACUCGCGCGAAAGAAAGGAUUCCAAGGAGAGGAGGAGGUCUAAUGAAAGAACUCAUAAAACAGAUGAUAAGCAAAGGGACAGAGAUCGUAGAAGUAGAUCCAGGGAUCGCAGGUUACAUGGCGGGAAACCCAGAGAUAUUUUGACUUUUGAUAAAAUUAAGGAGGAGAGAGAGAGACAAAAAAUGCGCGAACGUGAACGUAUCUUAAGGGAAGAAUCGAGACGACGUCACGAGGAGAGCCUCAGGCAGAGGGACAUCGAGAGACGUCAACGUCAAGAGGCUGCCAGACUAGAGAGAGAAAAGGAGAAGCUCAGGUUGGAAAAGGAGAAAAUCGCUAGGGAAAAGGCCGAAUUGGUGCGGAUGGAACGGGAACGUCAACGGCUCGAGCGGGAAAAAAUCGCCAGGGAAAAAAUGGAAUUAAAAAGAACGUUGAUAAGACUAGAAGAGGACCGAAAGCGUGCUCCGUUUAGAGGUGACGAACGGUUCGACGAUCGGAAAAGACCGCCUGUACCUGGCGGCGACCGUUCUAGGUUAGAGAAGAUAGGCAGAGAUAAGAUGGAGGUGCAGCGGUCGUACCCGAGAAUGGAGGAGGACCGUAGGACUGGGAAAAGACCGGUUCCGUAUAGGGGCGACGAUCGGUACGAUGACCGUAAGAGGCCGGCGCCUUCUGACAGGCGUUUCGAAGCCCCGCCUCCGCCGAGAUUCGACACUUCAAAAAAAACUCGUGAGCUGAGUCCGAAAAAAUUCACUGGACCUUCAAAAGAUUCCUAUAACAAGGCCAGAUCCGGAGGAUACGAUCCCAAACGCGACAACUCUUAUGGUGACAAGAGAGGAAGAGAUUACAACGAUGCGCCAAGUUUCGAUAGGAGGGCGAAUAAUUGGUCUAGCCAAACUCCCGGCCAAUUUGUGAGUAACGCACCGAAACCGUGGGAAACGAAACAAGAUUGGCGACAGUCCUCAUCAGACAGGUGGAAUACCAACAGCCAAGGAGCAGCGAGUGGUAGCAGACCUUUUUCCAACAAUUCUAAUAUGGGAUUGGUACCACUGUGUCCCCCUCCUCCUGGGAUAAAUAGCUACAACGAUGGUAGAUUCGAGUACGGGAAAACUAUAAGCUCAUCUAUGAGAAAAUACUAAGUCAAAUCAGUAUGUCACUAUAAAAAUUAUUGAGCAAACAGACAGAAAGAUGUAUCAAUUGAGCCAUGUUCUUGUAUGGAAAAAUGUAAUUAUUGUUCUAUUUUAAAGUUACAUUAGUUUUAGUUAAAUUAAAUUUAACGUUCCAAUGUAGGUUAUAUUUACGUAUGUAUUCUUUUAGAUAAUAAAGUCGGUUGUCCACUUUCAUCAAAUGU